AUGUCUGCACAGCCCGGACAGCCAUUCCAGUCUCAUGGCUUUCAAACCUCGGUUGAUAUUGCUCGCCAACAGGCGUAUUCUGUAGCUCCCCUGGCGGGGCAGAAACGACUACCGGAUCGGUCCCCUGAGAGCUCCUUGAAAGUCUCGAACUCCAAGCAAUCAGGUCAUUCGACGCCUUCGGUGGAUUUCGUUCGGCCUCGUGUAACUUCCUCUGUUCCCAAGAAUCGCUUGGUUGCUAGUGAAAUAUCUCCCGUCGCGGCUGCCCAGGUCCCUCAACAACAAAGAACGGAUACCGUGAGUCAUGAAUUAAACGGAGAUCCGAUCUUGUUCUUGCAACAUCGUCGAUAUGGAUUACCUCCCAUUCUCGUCAAAAAUUUUGCGGCGGUCGGGGUGAGCAGCAUCUAUCCUUGGCAAUCAGCAUGUUUGCUGGCCCCCGGCCUCCUGGAAGGGAAGCGGCAUUUAAUUUAUACAGCCCCAACGGGCGGUGGCAAAUCCCUGGUGGCUGAUGUCUUGAUGCUGAAACGCAUCAUAGAAAAUCCCUCCUGCAAAGCGAUCCUAGUUCUCCCCUACGUUGCUUUGGUGCAGGAGAAGUUGAAGUGGCUCAGACGCAUUGUGCAGGAUCUUGAAAAGCAUGUUUAUGACGACGACGACGACGAUCCAACUCGGGCGAAGCCUUACUAUCAGCGAUGGAAGAAACUCCAGAAAUCGAUCCGUGUCACUGGUUUCUUCGGCGGCAGCAGGACCACCGCUUCCUGGGCUGAUAUGGACAUCGCUGUCUGUACCAUAGAGAAGGCCAAUUCACUGAUUAACACCGCGAUCGAAGAAUAUACCAUCGGAAACCUAGGCGUCGUCGUUCUAGACGAGCUGCAUAUGCUUGACGAUGAACAUCGGGGCUACCUUAUGGAACUGAUGGUCACCAAGUUGCUUUUGCUACAGCAAGACAUCCAAAUCAUCGGCAUGAGUGCCACCCUUUCGAAUACGGAAGUAUUGGCGGAAUGGAUGAACGCAGAAUACUAUAUCUCGACUUAUCGGCCCAUUCCAAUUGAUGACUAUCUUGUCUAUGAAAAUGCAAUUUACCCUGCCGCAACGUCCCGACAGCUCUUUCACACAAUUACUAAAUUAGCAUCAACAAGUGUCUCUAUUGCGGAUACCAUGCCCCCUCAUAGUAUCAUUCAAGCUUCAAGUUUCCGAGAACUCGCGAACCCGUCGACAAAUUCAAUGGUGGCGCUCUCCGUGAAUACAGCCGCUGCGGGAUAUGGCGCGCUGGUGUUUUGUGGCAGCAGACAAGCUUGUCAGUUUCAUGCGGCCAUCAUAAGCGAGGCAAUGCCCGGCUCUUCCAUGGUCGACCCCCAGGAACUGAGCAGGCGGCUUGAUUUACUUGCCGAACUACGAAGUCUGCCUAGUGGUCUUGACCCCGCCCUAGAGAAUAUUCUUAUUAGAGGAGUAGGAUUUCAUCAUGCGGGGAUGACUGCGGAGGAACGUGAACUUAUUGCGCAGGCUUAUGACCAAGGGACCCUGAGGGUACUUGUGGCUACUUGCAGUCUUGCUGCGGGUGUUAAUCUUCCCGCAAGAAGAGUAAUUAUAAACGGUGCACGGAUGGGUCGGGACUUGGUCGGUCCAGCGAUGCUACGACAAAUGUGUGGGCGAGCAGGCCGCAAAGGAAAGGACGAAGUAGGUGAGACAUAUCUCAUUUGCGGCAAGUCGGAUUUUGAAGCUGUAUGCGACCUGUUGGAAGCCGAUAUGCCUGCCAUUGAAAGCUGCCUUGCCCCGGAAAAAAGAGGACUCAAAAGGGCACUGCUGGAGGCUAUAGCAACAGGGCUCGUCUCGGGAUUCGAUGCAGUCAAGGAAUAUGUGAAAUGCACUCUUCUUUGUCGAAUGGUAGACAAGAAAUUAGCCUACAGCAUUAUGAACUCUGCGCUUCGAGAAUUGAUUGAUGAGGAGCUUCUUUUACAGAAAGAAGAUGAAGCGUAUGAAGCGACACUGCUUGGGCAAGCCGUGGUUGCUUCUGCCUUCGCUCCCGAAGAUGGCCUUUUUGUCCAUGAAGAACUGAAGCGAGCCUUGCAAGCCUUUGUGAUGGACGGGGACAUGCACAUUUUUUACAUGUUUACUCCUCUCCAAGUGGCGAUUAACACUCAGAUUGACUGGCCUAUUUUCCGAGAUCAGUUGGAUUUUCUUGAUGAUAGUGGGUUGCGAGCUUUACAAUUUGUCGGCGUGCAGCCUGGGUUUGUAAAUUCGAUGGUACAGAGCGGUGCGUCUUUGAAGGAGAGUACUCCGGACCAGGUGAAAACUGCUAGAAUCUACCGACGCGCCUAUACUGCAUUCCAACUUCGUGAUUUGAGCAAUGAGGUGCCAUUAUCAACAAUCGCCGCCCGGUAUCGAAUCCCUCGUGGGGCGGUGCAAACUUUGGCCCAACAGUGCCAUGGGUUUGCAGCCGGCAUGGUAAAGUUCUGCCAACGGAUGGGAUGGGGCAUGCUCGCGGCAGUUCUCGAUCACAUGCGAGAUCGAUUGGAAGCCGGAGCUCGCGCCGAUCUACUGGAGAUGGCCCAGGUGACCUAUGUGAAGGGUUGGACCGCACGGCUGCUUAGGGAUAACGGAUUCCGAAACCUGCGAGCCCUGGCAGAGGCAGAUGCGAAGGAUCUUGUCCCUGUUCUAAUGAUGGUUAAUCCGCGCAAAGCGCAAAAAAGUCAACUGCAUCCUAGCGAAGCUGAACGCUAUUCUAAAAAGUUGCAGGCUAAGGCCGAGAUCAUCAUCGCAUCAGCGAACAAAAUCUGGGAACGCGAGAUGCAAAUGGAGUUGGAAGAGUGA